UUCUGGACAGGACGACCUUUUUCGCAGCUUCUGACGGAUUUCGUUAAAGCGAUUCUGCUGAAAGGAGAUAAAAUAGUUGUUUGGGGUCCGAGACGGCGAUAGAGAGGCGUGUAAAGUGUGUAAAUAUUAUUUUGUGUUAAUUCCGUGCUGUCGUGUUUGGAGUUAGUGCUCGGUUUUGUUGAGCUAGUCACCUCAGUUAGCUUGUGACAGGAUUAGCUGCGUUGGCUAGCAACGCCAAUGAUCUAAGAGCGCGCGCGCGCGCGCCGUUUCACUGUUGUUGUUGUUGUUUUUGUUUAAUGCAUGCGUUUCUGAAUUAAUGCAUUGUGUAUUUGUAUCAUGCAUAUAACAGGUAUUUUAUAGUAUUAAUUGUCUAACCCUGGGGAUAAUGCUAACGUUAACAGAGAUGCUAGGUGACCCGUUGGCACAGGAUAGGACCAGGACUAAGCUAGCAUUUUGCUUAUGCACAUUUUUCUGAUUUAUCCGAAUUAAUAUUGUUUUGUUUUUUGCACAUAAAUAGAAUGUUUAUUUAUUGCCCAGCGAUAAAGCAACCUUGGUGCAUAGUUCUGUGAAUACAUUGCAGCUAUACUAUCAAGCAGAUAUCUCUUGGAGUUUUAAGUUAACAGAAAAAGGAUAAACUGAGCAGGUUUUGUGUUGUUGAUGCAUGAAAACUUCGCUGCAAAAUAAUGCAUCUUUAAUGCAUGGAUGUGCAGCGAGAGUGUAUGUCUUGAGAGAGAGUGAGGGGGAAAGUGUGUGUGCAAAGACACGCCACAUCGACAGGGUUGAUGAUGCACGCGCUGCUACUCGUGCAAACAAGGAAAUGAAAUAAGAGAGAAGGUACAGGAGGGAGGAAGGGAAAAAAACGCCAACUGUGCGGAAGGAGAGGAGACGAGUCGCGUCCACACACUCCUGGAGCGAGCGAGUGUGAGAGUUUGAAUGAAACCCGAGAAGAAUCCUGUUUCAGUCAAAUCUGCGCCGUUUUUUACACAAAUGACUGCGAAUUACUGAACUGUUCAGGCUCGCGCUGGUUUUAUUUUAUUUAUUUAUUUCCCUGUUCCUGUUCCCACGGUUCUGUUCGGUUCUGCCACGAUGGUCGGCUUCGGGGCGAAUCGGCGCGGAGGUCGGCUCCCGUCCUUCAUCCUGAUCGGUCUGAUGGUGCUGCUCGCGCUGCUCAGCUACAACUACUGGAGCGUGUCGCGGCAGCACAGGCGCGCGCUGGAUGAGCUGGCCGAGGUGCACGUGCAGGUGAAGCGCACGGACGCCGCGCGCAGCCGCCUGGAGAAGCGCAACUCCGAGCUCAUGCUGCAGGUGGACACACACCGGAGACAGAUAGACCAGAAGGAUGGUGACUACAGCGUGCUGGAGGGCAAACUGCAGGCACGGGACGCACUUGUGAAAAAGUGUACAGAUGAAAAGAUGAAGCUGCAGAAUGAACUCGAACAAAAGACCACUGAUAUUACACGACUGAAAGAGCAAGUGAAGGAGAUGAGGGAUGAGAUUAUCAGGCAGGAGGAGCAGCUGAGGGAGGUGAAGAAGAACAACACAAACCUCGAGAGGAAGAUGGAGUAUGAGAGCCUGCAGUGCGGCCAACAGAUGGCGCAGCUCAAAGAAGAGUUCGAAGAGAGCAGGAAGCGGCUGGAAGAAAAAGCUUCCAAAUUAAACAAGGAACCCGUGGAGGUACAUAAAACAGAUACAGUGGGAGCUCAGGCAGAGCACCGUGCAGUGACUACGGCAGAGCGCCACCCUGUGGGUGCACAGCAUCUUGGCAACACGGAUAUGAAAGAUGAGUUGGGGAAACCAGGAAGUGAUGCUGGAAUGCCUGGUAUUGAAGACGGUGAGGUGGGGGUAAAGGGAGAUGAAAUGCAGUUUGCUCUGAAGAAGCCAGCCAUCACUGCACAGCACGGGGAGCCGGCCGAGGGGGCAGUGGUGCCGCAGGACAAGCAGGCCGGAGCUGGAGCCGGAGCCGGAGCCGGUCCUGAUGUUGGUGCCGAUGCUGCUAUUGUGACCGGUGCGAGAGCAGGAGGUGGAGCUGGAGAGGAAACUGGGGUCAACGCUCCACGUGGCUUCCCUCUGGACCGCCCCGAGCUGCCCCAGGAUGGAGGUGUUGGAAAAGGACUCCCGCCGAUCCAGCAACAGGUCCCUCAGCCGCUCAUGGACAAACCCGCGGUGCUAAAUGAGGGCAACAAGGCGGCCGUUCAAGCGGACGAGUUCGGCGAGCAGCGGCGCCAAAUGAGAGAUCCUGAUAAUCCUGGAGCGGCACUGCCUCCUCCCCCGAAUCCUGCUCAGGUUCUGCCCAACCCCAUCGACCCUCAGAGAGACGCCCAUGCCCCCGCCGCACCACUCCGACACCGACAGAGCCGCUUCUUUGACGAAAACGAGUCCCCCGUAGAUCCGCAGCGCACCUCCAAGCUGGCGGACUACAACGGGGACGACGGCAACGUGGGCGAGUACGAGGCCGACAAGCAGGCCGAGCUGGCUUACAACGAGGAGGAGGACGGUGACGGCGGCGAGGAAGACGCCCAAGAUGACGAUGACCGCGAGGUCCCAGGAGAGCGCGGCGUGGACUACGGCAAGCGACACCAAGCAAUCGACAUCCUGUAGCCUUCAUCCACAGUCUCGGACGUCUCCUGCCGUAUUCACACGCGCAAGACUGGAUUAGAGAAAAAUAACAAUAUUAACAUGAGUUAAAGAAGAAUUACUUGAACCUGCGUCGUAGCCGGAGCUGUAUUUCAGCGCAGCGUUGAUGCAGAUGUUUUCCGUUCAACUUUGAAGAAGGAUUUGACUUUCUAUGAAUGACUUAAAGUUAAUUUCAAUCUUAAUUUGAAGGACGUGUAAAACAACUCGUGUGCCCGUGUGUAUAUAAUUAAUAUGUACAUUAGAAAGUUUUUUUUUUCUGUUAAAAGAAUUCUGUAUGCAUUUUUUUUGUUUCUGUUUUAAGUCUGAAUCAGGCUUUUCAAUGAACACGCGCCUGCUGAUGAGUUUGUUUUCGGUUUUUAUUUUAACUUUUUUUUUUUUUUUUUUUCCUCAAAGUAAGGUUGUAGCAUUCUGGCCUUCAGUCUUCUAGAGAAAGAAGCUAAAGCCACAUCAGAAGGAGAUAAAUUCAGAGGACACACUGCAUGGAAACCUUUUCCUUUUUUAUUUCUUCAUUCUUUUCUUUUUUGAGACACUUUUGAAUAAUAAAUUGUUCAAGACUUUUAAUAGUCAUUUUAAA